AUGAAUUUAAGAGGAGGAGGUUGUGGAUCAACUCACAUAGUUACACCUUUCCCCAUUAAAACACAAACCUUAAAAAAUAGCCCAGGAUUGACAACUUAAAUUAAGUUUCAUUGUGAUCGUAUUGGAAGAUCUAUGGUGACAGUUUUAGAUUAGGAAAAUAACCUAAUGAAUAGUUUUCAAUUCUUCCAAUUAAAUUAGAGAUAAAUAUGGAAUUUGAUUAGUAAUGUUCAAUUAAAUCAAUAAUCCUUUGAACUUGUAUCAUAAAGUUUAGAUACACUAAUGUCAGCAUUAUAAAAAGUAAUUUAAUAACAUGUGGGAUAUUCAUUAUAUGUAUUAUAAAUUAUGACCUAAUUGUCUUGGAUUCUGUUUAUGUACUAUUCCACAAAUUAAGAGAGAUAUUUGGACAUUGACAGGCAGUAAUUUAUGCUAAGGGAAAUGGGCUUGAUAAGAGAGUAAUUAAAAAUUGAAAGAAACGCUGAUAAACUAUUCAACAAUCUCUAUUUCGAAUUUUUUAUUUCAAAAUCCAUUAUAACUAUUUAACCGACUAAUUCAAAAGAGAGUUAAGAAAUCUUAGUAUAGUUUUUAAGUGGUGCUCUUAAAUCAGUAAGCACAUUUACUUUAAAUGAUGAUCUAAUUCAAAGUCUUAAGAAGAGUGUUAUCUAUAUCUAUUAAGAGGGAGUUAAGUAUAGUAGAAAGCGCAAAUUGGAAGUGAUUUUUGCUCUUCAAUAAUUAAAGUUUUAUAUUAUUGAUGAAUUGGAUAAUGGAAGGGAUGCAAAGUAUUUGGCAACUGUUCUUAGCAAAAUGUAUUGCGAAAUUAUUCGAGAAUCUACUGAUUGGGAAAUUUGGUGCAGUUGGAUUUAGGUGUUAUCUUAACUCUUUUAAUUGAGAUAAGCAGUUGAUGAAUUGAGAAUUCAAAAUCAGCUCUAGUAAUAUUUUUAAGGAAAAGAAUAUACAAUCCCUAAUUUUGAUGGUAGAAAUUAUGUGGCAAUCAAUAAUUUUUACAUUCAAAAUGACGAAUUAUUGAAAUUAAUUUUUGAAAAUAGUCAGCCACUGCAAGAAUUAUCUCGACUAUAAUAUUACAUAUUAAAUGGAUAUGGAUUACUAUAAAGUUAUGAACAAUACUAUUUUAACAAAUUAUCUGUUAUCAAAGCAACUAAUUCAACUUUAAAAAAUAAUUCAUUUAGUUCUUCUUAGAUCUCUCAGUUUAUGAAUUCAGUUAGCGCAAUUUAAUAGGGUUAAUAAUAAUUGGUUGAACUAUUUAAAUAGCUUGUGAUUAAUAAUGAUCAACAAAAAAUCAAAGAAGCUGAAGACCUAAUGAAAGAUUUGAUUUCUAAAACUAUUCAACUUAAGAGAGAUUUGGAAUAUUUGGCUAUCAUCUAAUAAUCUAUCUAGGGGGAAAUCAAUUAGAAUGAGUUCAUUUAUGAAUUUCCAGAAACUGACAAAAUUUAAGUAAUGUUUCUACAAAAAUACUUGAAUUGUCAAUUAUCAAGUAAACAGUUUUAACAUAUUGAUUUCGAUUCAAUAUUUUAAGAGAAUGCCAUACAAUCACUAUUAGAUCAAUUUACUUCAGAAGAAAUAAGCAUUGAAUUAAGGGAGGAAAUUCUUAAAAAAACUAUUAAUCAAGUUUAAAUUGAAAACUUGAUUGUUUCACUAAAAAUGAAGAAGCAAUAAGAAACAACGAAAAAUACUACCAAUGAGAAUAAAUGGUUUUAUGGAUUUUUUAAAGCUUUUGAUCUAACUUAGAAAUCCAAAUGCUUCAUAAAUUGGAAUUUACAGAUUCAAGUGAUUUUAUCAAUUAAAUUAAGAAUGACCAAUUCUUUUAAAGAAGACGAAAAGUAAUUAAAUUUAAAAUAAGAAAUCAUUCAACUUUCGAUGUAAAUGAUUUCUUACGAUCCUCUAUAAUCUUCAUUGUAAUUUAUGUACAACCAAUUCCUAAAAUGUUAGAGUAGCAAGAUCUUAUCCAAAAUACCUACUGAUCAAUCCCAUAAAUUUGUUAAGAUUCUAAAAGCAAUAACAAUUGAAAAAUUUAUAACAAUCAAUUAAAUAAUAGGAAUUUUAACAACACAUUUAUUCAAAGAAACCAAAUUGAAGAAUGAUGUAAGUAUUGACUAAGAAAUCUGUAAAAUUGUAUAAGAAGAAUUGACUGAUAACAUCAACUAUUUAAAUUAAAUCUGUAGCGGAUUCAAAAUGAUAACAGAUAUUCUCAAAAAUUAAUUAGAUAACAAUCAGGAACAAAAAGAUGAUCUAAUUAUCUUAAGAGAUUAAUCUAUCUUUCAUGAAAUUUUUCCCAAUUUCAACACGAACUCCUUAUUAUAAUCCUAGAUUGUAUUGAGCUUUUAAAAACUUUCAGCUUAUCAGGAUGAAUUCUUAAAAUCCUUUGAAAUUAUGAAAGAUUACAUCAAAACCGAAGAUCAUGAGUUUUAUUAAUAUUUAGAAAAUAAGAGAGCUGCAAUUUCAAACAUUAUAGAAUUGAUUGAUAUUGUAAAAUUGAUGAAAAUAACUAAUGAAAAGGAUAAAGAAAUUGCAUUUUAUCUUUGUGAGGAUAUACAAAAGUAAUUAAGCGAUUGUUGCAGAUUAAUAAAGAGUACAUCAGUUAAGAUUGAAUAAAAACAAUUUGAUUGGAAUGAGGAAAUCAAAUUUUAUGAACAAUUAGUAGAUGAAAUGAAAUAAAUUAAAACCAGAUAGCAAGAAUAAGUGCAAUAAUUCUAAAAUAUAUUUACUAAUUCUGAGAAAGUGUAAUCUCAAAUUUUAAAUGUGAUUACCCUGUAAAAAUUAGCUACAAAGAAACCUCAAUUUUAUUUGUAGUUUCAGGAAUCUGAAAAAUUAUUACAGGAAUCAAUGAGUGAAUAUUGUAAUUUGACUAUAGAGAUUGCCAUUGACUAUUAAUAAGUUUAGUAGAUUAUUUCAUUGAAAGAAUUUAAUUAGUACCCUUCGGAUCUAGAGCCACAAAUCUAUUUUAUUUUGAGUCAGAUAGAAAAUAAAGAUGAGUCGAAAAAAUCAAAUGAUUAUUUUGAUUUAAUUUAACAGGGAAUUAAUGAUUUAUUGUCAAAUAACUAAUGGAGGAUUAGACAAUUUUUGGUUUAUGAAUUGAUAUAGAUGAGAAGAAGUUGUCUUCAAUAAAAUUGUAUGUCAUUGAAUUCUGGAUUAUAUAUAAGAUUUUAAGUUUAUGAGACUGAUAAGAGAAUUAGAUCACUAUUUGAUGAUAAAUCCAUUCAAUUAUCCAAUCAAUUGAUGGGCAAAUAUUGGCCGAGUCAAGAAACCAUUAUCUAAAAUUAGCUAAAGGAGAAAUUAAAAGAUUUAAAUGAGUUAGCCCAAUAAAUAUCGAUUGAAACCUAGGAAAAUUUUAAAUAGCAAUUACGAAAGGAGUAUACUAAGUUAGAGAAAGAUAUCUAGUAAAUGUUUGAUAAUGUUGCUUAAAUAUAAAACUCACUCGGAAUUACAAUCAUCUUUCUGUAGGAUCUAAAAUAGGACCUAUUAAGAAUCGAAAAUUUUAUUAUUUAGAUGCAAGAAACAUUAGAUUAAAUAAGCAAGGACAUAAAAUAUUUGAAGGGGAGAACAUUCUAUGAAUUAUUAGAAUUGAGAAUGAAAAAAAUGUUAUAAUAAAGAUUAGUAUUCAAUUCCGACAAUGUUUAUAUACCUAUAAAAUCGAAAGAAAAAUUGAAUGAUUCAUAAUACUCUUCUGAAAAGACAAAUCUCUUCACAGAGGACAUUUUUGGAGAUGGAGAGAUAAAUGAAUUUAUUUGGAAGCAAUCUAAGGAUAGUUUUUUGAUUCAUGGUUAAGCUGGAUCGGGUAAGAGUACAGCGGCUAGAAAAAUAGAGGAAUUCCUAUGGAUGUUUUAUCAAAAGAAUAAAAAAUAGAGUGAUUAUAUACCAUUAAUUCCUAUCUUUGUAUAAUUGCCUUAAUUAAGAGACCCUGUGUAUUGUUGUAUUGAAGAAACUUUAAAAUCUGAUAAUUAUAGAUUUAAUGAAAGAUAAAUCUAAGAAUUUUAAGAAGCUGUUGAAUAACGUAAAAUAAAAUUGGUAAUAAUAAUGGAUAGUUAUGAUGAACUAAAGUCAGAUUACAUAGGACUAAACCUAAAUGUAUCAAAUAAACUCUCAAAAUGGAGAUGUUAAGCUGACAAAAACAAGUUUCCUAAAAUUAUCACCACCUGUAGAACAGAAAUAUUUAAUAUAGCUGGCUAUAAUACAUGGUUUUUAUCAGAAUCAAAUUCUCCUUAAUUUUACAAAGAAGUCAAAUUAUUAAAAUUUAAUUAAGAACAAUAAAAAUUGUAUAUUGAUCAAUACACAUUAUUGUGUGUUAAAAGGGAUAUUAGAGAAUUUUACUUUAGUAAUUAUGGCACUUAAGAUUACUCUGAAUAUGAGACAUUUUUCACUGACCUAGUUAAAUCAUUGAACUUAGGUAAGAUGAAAUUUGAAAAUACAUUUAUGCUUAAUCCAAAUGUAAUAUAGUAAAUUUUAUUUAAAUGUUCUAAUUUUGUUUCAAAGGAAAUGCAAAAGUCCUUAUCCUAAUUACUUGCAGAAAUAUGGUCGAGUGCUUAAUAUUUAAAAUUCAUCCAAAUUAUGAAAUUAGACAAAGUAAUAGAAACUCCUUUUAUGGCUGAGAUUGUCAUGGCUGUUCUCCCUUAUAUUGUUAGGUAAAGGUCAGAAAUUAACAAUGUAAAAAAUAGAUUCAUUAAAAAAUAUAUUUACUUCGCAAAAAGUGAGUAUUAAUUGCUAUAAUUUAAUCAACUUGAGAAAUAAGCAUUAGAUGAAUGGUAAACAAUUAUUCAUAAUUCAAAUUUUUUGAGCGAAUAUCUACUGGAGUUUUCAGAAAUUUAAGUAGAUAAAUUAAUUACUAAAUAUUUUACUUCCAAUUAAAAAUUUACUAUCAUUAAGAACUCAUUAAUGUUAGAACCAUUAUCUACAUAUGAUUUCUAUAGUUAAUUUCUGGAACAUUAUUUUAAGAGAUAAAUUUAUAAAUUAAGAGAAGCAGGUGAACCUAUAGAUUAUGAAUAAAUUGGUAGUGAGUUAUGGAAAUUCACUCAUCAUUUGGCUAAUCAGAUGACAUUUAGAAAUAUGACCUAAGUUUAUUUUUAACCUAGUGGGCUUAUCUUUAAGAAAUUAGAAUCUGAUUGGAAAGAUGAAUUCUUUGAUGAUUAAUGUUAGGAAGGAGUUUACAAAAGAUUAUUUAGAAAAUGUAUGCCUAUUAAGUAGAAAAACAGCAUUUAUUCAUUUAAUCAUAAAUCAAUUUAAGAAUUUUUAGUAGCUAAAUGGUUUGUUGAAUAUUUAUCCAAUAUAAAAUUUCCUAUAGAUGAAAAUACAAAAAAGUAACUAUUUUAAUAUGAAUUUUUUAAGACAAUUUGGGAAUUUGAAUUUUUGAAAGGUUCUAUAACAUUUAUUUGUGAUAAAUUAAAGUAUAAUGAUGAAUAAAAGUAAUAGCUUUUAAAUUUCAUUUAUCUAACAAGAACUGAUGAUAAUUUUGUUAUAGCCGGUUCUAAUAGUAUGCUAUUGUUAAAUGAAAUGGAUCAUUCCUUUAUUGAUAUGGAUUUCAGUAAUAUUAAAAUAACAGAUGUAUCAUUGAGUGGAGCCAACUUUUUUAAUUGCGAUUUCACAAAUUCAAAUUUAAAAGGUAUAACUCUAUCAUCUGUUAAUUUAAAUUUAUCCAAGAUUGUUAAUGCUUAAUGGACUGAUAUCUCAUUGAAUUAGUUACCAAAAAUAUCUACGAGUUUGGGAAACAUCAAAGGAUUAACUUAUAUUGAAAAAGAAAGGCUUCUGCUUGCUUUUGAUGAUUAAAAACCUGAAAUGAAAUAGUAUGACAUUUAUAAAAUUCAAGAAGUAAAUAAAUUAAAUAUCAAAAUUAUACCCAAAUAAGCUAUUCUGGCAAAUAAUCAAAGACUAAUGGCUUUAUUAAAUGAAAACGAGAUUUUAUUAUAUGAUUUGUUUGAUAUGAAAAUAGUUCAAUUAAUACAAUAUGGAUAAUGUUUUGAUAAAGAGAGAACAAGUUGUGUAUUUGGAUUUGAUGAUAAAUCUUUGAUUUUUGGAGGAUACAAUGGUGCACAUGAACUCAAAUUAAAUAUUGAAUAUGUUGAAAGAAAAGCAUAAAAGAAAACAACAGACAAAGACAAGAAAAAAGGAAAAUAAUAAAACUAAAAAUAAGAGGUUGAAGAUAAAGUUGAAAUCAUCUAGUAAUAAAAGGAUUUGAUUGUUACCAUAGAUUCAUUUAAAUAACUAAUCAACGAAUAAAUUGUGAAUCUUCGAUGCUGUAAAAUUAUAAUUAUGUAAAGAUUAUCAAAAACUAUACAUUUAUACAGUUAGCAAGCAUAAUUGAUGAAAUAAAUUGAAACAAAGUGUGAAAGAGUAAUUUGUAUGGAUAGUAAUUUAGAAUUGAAUCUUUUAGCAAUUGGUGGUCGAAAGGGAGAAAUAUAUCUCUAUAAUUUGUCAUAAAUUGAGAAACCUGUUAGUCUAAGUGGACAUAAGAAAGCAGUCGCUGAAUUACAGUUUUCGAAUGAUGGCAAAAUUCUAGUUUCUUGUUCUUUUGACUAAUCAAUUAUUUUAUGGAGUACUUAGCAAUUAUCAUAAAUAAAUUAAGCUAAUUUUACAGCAUUUAUUAAAAUAUUCUCAUUAACAUUAAUCACUAAUACUUAUUUAGCAGUAACAGGAUAAAACCAAGGAUAAAUCUAAAUUUGGGACUUAGAUAGUUAAGACACCUAAAUUAGUAAUCCAUAAGGUCAUAUCAACUCUGUUUAAUGUUGCAUAUUUUCAUUUGAUGGAACUUUAUUGAUAUCUGGAUCUAGUGAUUUGUUAAUCAAGAUUUGGAACACAUAAACUGGGCAGCAGAUUGGUCAGAAUCUUGAAAAGCAUUAAUUGCCGAUAAGAAGUUUAGCCAUCUCUCAAGAUUCUAAUUUGUUAUGUUCAGGAGGAGAAGAUGGAUACUUAUAUAUUUGGGACUUGCUAACCUUUUAGAUAAGGAGUGAGAUAAAUCAUUUUGCUUCUCAAAUCUCCAAGGUAUCUGUGUUUUAUUCAGAGGAAUAAUACAAUAUAGUUACAAUGACUGAAGAAAAAUUAAUACAUUUAUGGAGUCUUAAUAACUUAUAAGAGUUUAUACUAAUAUACGAUUACAAAGAUGAAAAUAAAAGAAUAAUUCCAAAUAUUGAGACUAAAAAAUUAUUAGAUUAGUGCAGGGAUCAAUAAGUGAAUGUUAUCGAAUCGUAUAACAUAAGCAAUUACUUAAAAAUCUAAAAUCAAUAUAUAACUGCUUUAGCCAUAAGCAAUAAUGGGUUAUAGAAGUUAAUUGGUACGAGUGAGGGAUAUCUUUUAGUCAUAGAAAAUAAGGAACUCAUAUUCAAAAAUUAGGCUCACAAAAAAAGCAAAUGUGAUAUCAUUUAUGUAUUGAACAAUAAGUUGUUUAUGACUUCAGGAUAAAAUUCAAUAAUAUUUUGGAAAUUUAGUGAUUUUACUCAAUAUUCUAAUUACCAAAGUAAAUUUACUAAAAUUAAUGACUUUUUUGUUUGGAACGAUAACCUCUAUAUCUCGAUCGACCAAACUAUUAGAAUUUGGAAUAUUAGUUAGAAGUCGACAAUAAAGGUAAUUAAGGAAAAGAAGAAAGACCAUAUACAUUCUAUUUGCAUGAAGAAUAGUAACAUGAUAUACGCAGGCACUCAAAAUGGAAAUCUGCUUAUCAUUGACCUUUAAAAAUAAGAUUAAUAUUAAGUGAUACCUGAAAUUCACAAUGGACGUAUUACUAAAAUUGCUUGGAUUAAUAACCAAAAUAUGUUUAUCACAGCUGGACUUGAUGGGAUAUUAAAACAAUGGAAGGAUGAUAAACCAAUCAAAGUCAUUGACACUGGAUCAACCAUUAACUCCUUCUAUCUUUCUAAUGAUCAAAACUAUUUUGUUUUACAUACUUUCGAAGGUUUAAGCAUGUGGAUAUCAGAUGACUUAAUUUUAUCUGAGAAAAUUGUCAAUCUAAAUGACAAUCAAUCCAUAUUGGUCUUAUUCAAUUAGAGAAGAAUCAUUUGGUCUAAGGAUGAUCAAUUGUUUUAUGUCCCUAUCUUGCAGAAAAAGCUGAAGUAUUCAUACGCCUAAGAGUCAAAUAAUCAUUUUCCCACCACAUUUUUAGUGGAUGAGAACAACACAAUAUAUUCAGGAGAUAAAGAUGGCAAACUUGGGUUUUGGAAUUAUAAAGGGGAGAAAACAAAAGACUUCUUGGAUUUGAAUCAACCAAACAUUAUUUGUUUAAGUUAGUCUCCUGAUAAAUCCAAGUUGGUUGUAGUUUUUAAAGAAUUAAUUAAAGUGAUCUCAGCACAAUCAUUUGAAAUUAUCUAUGAAAAAGAUUUUAAAGACUUCUCCAUUAAUAGUCUCAAUUAUUUAAAUGAAAAGACACUGUUGAUUACCACCAAUUUAAAAGAUAAAUAGGUUAUCUUUUAUGAUGAAGAAGAUAAAUCGAUGAUUAUAUAAAAUGAGCAUGAUGAGCAAGUCAAUGGAGCUGCAGUAAGUUUAAAAUUCAAUUGUUACGUUACUUAUAGUGAUGAUAAAUCUAUUCGAUAUUAUUAGAAAUAGAAUUCAAUUUAUUCUAUGAAAUUUUCAAUGUCAGAAUUAUUAAAAUUUGAAUCAUAGGACACAGUUGUUGAAAAUAGUACAAUCAUAUCUAAAACAGGAAUAGAUUUAUUAUCCCUAUUUAAGAAUCAAAGAAUUGUAAUGAAUUGA